AUGUCUGUUCCUGAUCUGAAAAUCAACGCUGCCGCCGACAACAUCUCGGCUGGCGCCACUGGUGCUUCCUCGUCUGCCGCUGGCACCUCUAACACCUCCUCGUCCUCGCCUUCUUCCACUGGCACUGGUCCAAAGAAGGACCUUGCUGCCACCGUGCAAACCCUCCAGUUUGCCUGGUACAUUGGCCAUGUGAUCACUGUGGUGUCCACCAUCUUCUACGCCCUUACUUACGUGAAGGUGUUCCCAAGCAGUUACAAGUUCUGGUACAGUUUGGCCCUCAUUGGUGUCAUUGAGAGUUUCGGUGUGUUGCUCUUCCAGACUGUCAAGAAGCACGGCUUCAACGCCAAGUUGCUUGCUGAGGAUAACGCUCAGUACUUGUUCUUGGGUGUGUUGCUUUUCAUUGCUCCUCCUCACGUCUUGUUGACCUUGUUGGUGUUCUUCUUGUUCUCCACUUUCCACGUUUUGUCCUACACCAAGCACUUUAUCUUGCCUGCUUUGGACAUCCCAGAGACCCACCCACUUUCCAAGAAGAUUGGUGACUUUGUCGCUGCCAACAACAACAAGUCUAUCCAGCUUGCUGCCCUCUUGGAGGUUGUCACCUUGGCCUGGUUGUUCGUGCGUGUGAUCACCUUCAGAAAGAGAUCCUUGACUCCUUUCCUUGCCUACCUGAUCUUCAUUAAGUUGAGAUACGAGAAGUCUGCUUUCACCAGAAACUACUUCAAACAGGCUGAGAUCCGUGUGGAGAACGUUGUCAAUGGCUCUGGCAACCCAGCUAUCAAGGAUGCUUGGUUGAAGGCCAAGGGUGUUUUCCACCAGGUCGGCUCCAUCCACUUCUUCCACGACCACACCAAGGACAAGUCCAUCUAA